GGGACCUUCAUUGCCUGCUAACCUAUCCAAUGAUUUUCUGAUGAGAUAGUUCUAUUGUUAUACACCCUACCGAAUGACUCCUUACUUUAAAUCCUGUACUUCUAACUGUGCAUGAUUGACCCCACGCGACCCGCACAAGGGUCAUGAGUCAUUUUACUCAGCAUAUCCCGCAAAACGCUCAAUUAAUCUUACUUACCCACUUCCUUGUUAUAUAUAUCUGAUCAUAUAUUUCUAGUAAAACAAGAAAAAGUAAAAAAAGAUAUAUCUGAUCAUAUUCCCCAUAACCUCACACUAUCUUCUCAAUAAUAAUAAAAAAAAAAUGGCGAGAUCAGCAGUGGAACUCGAUUUCUUCAGCAUGGAGAAAGAGUCUAAUUAUGCAAAACAUGAAAAUGGAAUAAGCUUUGGAGCAGAUAUUCGAAGUGUGAUUUUGAAGACCAAUACUGAAGUUAUGAAGACUGCAAUUUCAAGGGAAGAUUACUCUCAAUUGGCCCUUUUUAGUCCUGCUUCAAGGCUUCAUUGUGGCUUGGAAAAUGGCACAAAAACUGCACCUCUGACCAUUUUCUACGAUGGAGCAGCUGCGGUUUACGAUGUUACCAGUGACGAGGCGGAAGGUAUUCUAAGGUUUGCAGAAAGGUCAAAAAUUAUGGAUGCGUUUUCUCCAAGAAAACAAUUGUUUGUUGAAACAUUUAGUGGAGAUCUACCAUUCGCAAGGAGAAACUCCUUGCAUAGAUUCUUGGAGAAGCGAAAAGAGAGGCUGACCGUGGUGUCACCUUAUGGUUUCCCUCAGCCCCCUAUCUAUGGUUCUUUAGCUCACACAGCCUCUAAAAGCAAGAAUUAGCAGAAGAUGGGAGUAUCAUACAGUAUUGCUGAUGAUAUAGAUGGAUCUUAAUGUAAAAUGUUAAUUUUGGGGAUUUGGUAGUACUACUCUUAUAUGUUACUAAGAUAUUUACUUUCCCAGUCAAAUUAUUUUUACUAUAUAUAAGAGAAAAUGAGGUGCUUUUGUAGUCCUCACAAAUUUUUUAUUCCUAUGGUGUUGUUACAUGUGAUUUUGUCUUGUCUAAUUUCAUUUUUUGACUCAUUUUUUAUCUUAAAUAAAUUUUUAUGUGGGCUUAUAUAAUUGGUGUAUAU